GGGAGCGGGAGGGCGGUCAGGCACGGGGUGCCAUGUUCAUGUAUAUGCACAUGGCCCCGGGCAGCUGGAGAGCAGCUCCCACAGGUGGAGAACUGAAAGGCAGAAGAGAUCAAACAAGGAGGAGUCAGGACUAGAUCCCAGAAUCCCCACUGUUUUACUCCCAGUUCUAUCUAUACCUUAUCUACACUGAUUCUUUGCAAUAAUGCAAACCCGGGAGCACAAUUUCUGGACUAUCAUGGGUACAUCACUCCACAAAUUCUCAGAGGAGAUUGAGGUGUACAGAUUUGUUCACGUCUUUUGUACUUUUUCUUUCUUCAUUUCUUAUUUCUUUAUUUCUUUUCUACUUUUAAUCUUUUCUGCUUUUUAAAAGUUCUUUAAGCAGCGCUGCCAGCGAGACUGGGAGAGGGAUGAAGUGGUAAAUACAUGAGAAGAAUCUCAAAGGUGUAAUCUCCCAAACAGAUUCAUGGUCAUGGUAGAUCAAUAUGACAAUAUGCCUUUAAAAAUUAACAUCGCUGCAUAAACCAGUAUUAUCCAGCCCUUUGUGCGCUUGGCUGUGUUCAAUGAGGUUUUGUAUUUCAGUGUGUUUUUUGGCAAAGGUUCGUAUGCUCAACCUUAAGUCAACACUAAAUCUAACUGCACAGUUAUUGUUAUUAAAAGUGUAUUCACAAGUUCAGGACACACUGAAUGUCAUUGAAAACAAGUCAGUGGCAAUCUACAACACUGAGUAUACCAGGCAGGGAAGAGGGGUGCUUUAUGAAAAAGAUACUGCUUUAAUCAGGGUUAUUUCAGAUGUUGCAAACUUGAUUUUCUUCUUUGCAAACAUAAUGAAAGGGAUGCCUUGCUUCUGCUUGACUCUGUCUUCCUUGUGGGAACGGAUGGUGAAGGCUUACAAAUACAUGAGCAGUAUUUUCACAGUGACUCACACCUCAGUGCAACAGGCUUCAGACUGUGACGGACAGCCAACCAAGAUGGAUGUAAGCAUACUUGAGGAGCAGUAUGACUGUAUAAAACAGAAGCAAAAGCUGCAGACACACAUUAUUGUAUUUAAAACAGGUGAGAAUGAUUCUGAUCAUGACGAAUCAAUGGUCAAUGCAGUUCUAAUUAAUAAGAAAGUAAGGAAAACAAAAGCAUUUAAAGAAUGCCUUCAUGUCAGAAACGUCAGCCUGGAGUUGACUUGCAAUGGCAACAUAGAAGACAAUUCAGCAUGGCGUACCCACUUAGGAAUCCAUCGACUAGUGCAAGCUGGUUGCCAGAGAGGUUGUGAUCUUUCCCACUGCAAGAACAAACCAUGUAGCUUUGACAACGAGAGACUGACUCUGAAGGAAAAUAUCACACUGCCAUGUGAAAAAUCACAAACAAUGAAUGAACAAGCCACAAAAUUACCUGAUGAACUGGAAAAUUCAAGUGCGUUAAGCAGUCCCACUGGUGAGAAUAGUGGCUCCAUUUCAGACAUCAGCCAGAAUUCUCCUUUGAAGUCAGUCACUUCAGCAAUUUGGACAGAUCAACGGAUUUCAUCCACAAAAUGUAUGCCAGCUUCCAACAAGCUAACCUUUUACCCUUUUCCUAGAAAAAAACACCCAGGAUCUCGGAAGCUGCAAGAAGACUUGGAUUAUAUGUCUCACCAUAACAGAAUUUCCAUAAUAUUUAAGAUGUAGUAAGAAAUUUAAGUAAAAUUUCAGUAGAAUAAAUUUUAAAGUAAUUUUGAUUCACUUGCUAAGGACUUAAUACUUUACACAAUGACGAUCUGCUUAUAGUGUAAAGUUUCUUAGAAUGUAGUCUGUUAAAUAAGUAGCACUGUCAUAAAGGGUGUUGGUCAAUAAACAACAACUAUAUAGCAUCAUUAGGAUACCCACACUCACAUUUAUCUCAUCAAAUAUAGGAAGAAUUACAUAACUUAGUUCAGUUUGCAGUUAUUUCACUACUGAUAUUUACUGAAUAAAAUUUUAUCUUAACAAGAUUACAAAACAUUUGAAGGAGCUGUAAUAAAGAUUAGCACCUUCAAAAGCAGCUGAUAAAGCAAAAAGAUUUGAUGUUUGAACAAGCAACAGAGGACGCAGGUUUUAGAACAUGGUUUUUUUAUUCAUUUACCUUCAAAUGUCAUUUAUGAUAAAUUGUCAGAUGUAUUUUAUAAUUAGUGAAUAAAACCUUCAGUAUUUCAAUUGCCGUACUUGAUGGGAUUAAUACAGUAAAUAUCUAAAUACUAUUCAUAAAUUGUGCAUUGUUACCUUGUGUUUUUCCAGCAGCUUACUGAAAACAUACACAUGUGUUUUCUUUAACUACAGUGAGAAGAAUUUAGGAAUACUGUACUGAUGUGGUUUUAAAUGAAGUAAGGAAAUGUUGCUACCUAACAAAAACUGCACAGGGUCACACAGAUAGAUGUACAAUACAGUUUCACAGGAGAGGAACAAACAAUUUCUUGCACUGUUUCAACAUGGAAUGAGAUAGCCCUAGAAAAUAGUGAACAUUGGGCAUGUCUACACAAGACACUAUGGCGCCAUAGCAUUGCCAGGAACAAACCCGUUGCUACUGCAUGGUAGCGUCUAAAAAUAACCAUGCAGCGACAGGACUGCGCAGUAACACUGGUUGCUAAGCAAUCAUUUGGUACUUGGUUAAGUAAGUACUAAAUGACUGUGCCGUAACAACUACAUAGUCCACCGCAUGUGUAGACACACCCACUGUAGGGAACAAUCUUGCACUGGCCAGGGAGUCCAUCAGAUGUACAUAGCAUAUAUUUCUACUCCUCCCUUCUGAUUUUUUGAUACCUUAUGCUAAUGAAAAAUAUUUUCACAUUCCAAAACAAAUUAUUAGCUAGAUACAGACAUUAAAAAAGCCCAAGGCAGACCUGAUUUAAGUUGUACAGUUUUCUGUAAGAAGCAUAGCUUAGACCAGUAUUAUGUACUUCAACAUUAAGUCUCAUACUGAGAAAUAAGCUUCCAACUUGACUUGUUACACAGCCAAAGUUACUUAAAGACCCACUUACAGGGGUAUACUGCCCAGAACAGAUAAAGUAGAAUUUCAAAAUAACUGUAUCAAUAGAACUUCCCCUUAUGAACAUGCUAUUCUAGAAUAAUUGUAGUAUAAAAUUACUUUUAUUCCAGAAAAACAUGUCCAAAUAGGUAAGUUACAUGAGUAUAGCAAAGGCAGAAUAAUUACUCUGUUAUAAUUUUGCCAAUCAAUCUCUUGAUAUAGAUAAAUCCUUUAUAUAGUAAACUGGGAACUGCAUAAGGGACAGUGGGCACAUUUAUACAUUCAUUAAUGAGUAGUAGUUACUGCGCAUUUAGUUUAGUACUUGCUUAAUGAAGUACUAACUAAAUUGCACCAGCAAAUGGGGUUUUUUGCAAUGCUGACUGCGCAGUAGAAUAUCAGCAUGGUUUUUGCCCAGCGUGCUACCGUAUUUUAUAACCAUGAUGACAGAACAACACUUUCAUAUUCAAACUGCCUUAAAAAAGUUAAUGAAUGCUAAUAUGGUUGUAAUAAACCCAUUUUGUUGGGAUUUUUGUUUGAUAUAACACUCCUUUUAGUUUAUGGGUUGGGAAGGUAAAUAAGGAUAUUAAACAUUGCUCAAGAUGUCUUCUUCCUUCUGUUUAAAAGCCUGAUCCACCACAGAACUAAAAGGCUGUGGUUUUUUAAAAAACCAGUGGUUUCAACAGGAAAUAAAUUAGGCACUAGCUCUCCCAGGCUCAUAGAAUAGUAACCAAGAAAUAGCCAGUAAAGUUUUUGCUAUCUUACUCAUCAAAUGAAAAUUAAUUU